UUAUCAUUAUUCUAUUGAUCAUCAUCAACAACCACAAUCAAAUUUAAAUCCAUAUUCAUCAUUAUCGUAUCAAACAUUACCUGGACAGAUACAAAAUUUAACAAAUCAAACAUUUAUUUUACGGAAAAAAACUCGUAAACCAAAAAAUAAUCAAACAUUAUCAUCAUUACAACAACAAUAUCCAUUAAAACAAUGGCAAUCAUCAACUUCACUCAAUCGGAAUAACAACAAUUCAACAAUAAUACAUCCAUAUCAUGUACUUAUUGGAGAAGGUCGUAGUCCCUUACCAUCAUCGGAUAAUAAUGAAACUGUUACAGCAUCCGGUUCGAAUAUUCAACCAAUUAGUAUUAUACGUACAAAUAGUUUUCAACAGCAACCAUUAAUGGAUUCACAACAAUAUCCUGUUCAAGAAGCAAUGAUCGAUAUACAAGAACAGCCAUUACCAAAUUAUCAAUGUGAUUCAAUCAUACAUGAUUAUCAUUUUAUUAUUGAAUCACCUGAAUAUCCGGCACAAUAUCCAGUAAAUAGAAUAUGUUCAUAUUAUAUUGGUAAAAAUCGUACUGAUGUUUGUCAGAUUGAGCUUACCAUCUCUGAUAUGGACAUUGAAGAUACGGCUCAAUGCACCGGUGAUUAUCUUGAUCUUGGUAUCACAAGUAUCCAACCAUUGAAUCAAACUACUAAACAACUACGGCCACAACCGCAACAAGGAGAACGUCUUUGUGGUCUAAUGUUACGAAAUACAAGACGUAUUUUAAAUUUUCCUCCGAACGCUUCACAUAUUCGUCUAACAUUUCAUUCGGAUUCAAAAAAUAAUCGUCCAUAUCGCGGAUUUUCGGCAGAAAUUCAACAGAUACCCGGUAGUUGUUCAUAUGUAAAUCAUUCGUAUACGACCAGUUGGAAUCCACAAUAUCCGUUUGGCAGUUCAAAAGGUCCUGUUUAUCAACCGGGUAGUAGUAGUGGUGGUGGUUCAUAUCCAACAUCACAAAUACCAAUCAAUAUUGGUUCCAGUUCUUAUAAUCCUGCUUAUGGUUAUAAAUAUCCUGCCAUUGGUGGUAAUCACUAUUCACCGCAACAACCUGUUCCUGGAACAGCAGGUGUUAGUUAUUAUCCACAACAACAACCAUAUCCAAUGUCUGGACAAUAUCCGAUGAAUACGGCUGGACAAUAUCCAGGAUAUCAUGGACAACAACAACCAUAUCCAACAACAGGCAUUAAUACUGGAUAUGGUCAACGAUUAUAUCCACCACAACAUCCACUUUAUAAUAAUCGUCCAUCCAUUCAAGAUCCUAGUGGUGUCAUCUAUCAGAAUGCAGAUAAAAUACCCGGAUCGCGACCUGCAAUAUAUCCCGGUAGUGGUGGUGGUGACAUGAAAUCACCAUAUGAUCGAAAUCGCCCAUCUUCUAUAUAUCCACAUAGCAAUACAACAGUUGGACCAAUCUAUUUGCUAUCAUAUUGCGAUGUGUAUUUGGGUGAAUAUCAAGGUGAAAUUCGUUCACCGGGUUAUCCAUUUGGUUAUCCAGUAAAUCAUACAUGCAUGUAUACGAUAAAAAAAGCCAAAGAUGAUGUUUGCGGAUUAGAAUUAAUAUUUCAUCAUUUCGAUGUUCAAACACCAAAUACUCAAAAAGAUUUGACAGAUAAUUGUCAUGGUGAUUACCUUCUAUUACCUGAUGGUGAACGUCUUUGUGGUUAUUAUACACAAUCAAUGAGUGGUGAUUAUAAAUUGAAAAAAUACUUUGAAUUUCCCGAAACAUCGGAAUAUGUAUUCAUGCAAUUCAUAAGUGAUGGACAACAAAUACCGGAUGGCAGUGGUUUCUGGAUCGAAGUUAAACAGUUAUCGAAUAGUUGUAAAACCAGCGUAGAUUAUCCAUCUAUACGUUGUGAUCGUAUUAUUUCCGGCAAAUAUUCACAAGUUGAUCGAAUUUAUUCACCUGGCUUUCCACAAUAUUAUGGUAAAAGACAACAAUGUGUCUAUUUCGUACAACCAAUGGAUGAUAAAACAUGUGAAUUUGAAUUGGAUCUUGUACAAUUUAGUCUGGAACAGCCAUUAAAUAAUCCACAGGAAGAAUGUCGAAAAGAUUAUCUACAACUACCGGAUCGAAAACGCAUCUGUGGUCAUCAUAAAUUUCGACGAAUAUUUCAAUUUCCUAAAUACCAUGAUCGUACCAGUAUGUUUUAUUUUCAUUCAGAUGAUCAAAUCGAAGAUCGUGGAUAUGAAAUUGUUGUUCGUCAAUCGCCAAAUAGUUGUGAUAAUUAUAAUUACAAUAUUAGUGGUCAAUCACCAACAACACAGCCAUGGAAUACAAAUGUUUAUGUUCCAUCGAAUGAUCCGAAUAUACCACCUGGUUAUGUACCGCCUACACCGGUUUUCACAUUUGAUAACAGUACCGGUGGUUUACAGCCAUAUCAGCCACCAUUACGUCCGGGUAACACCAAUAUAUAUCCUGGUGGUCCUAAUGUUAUUAAAAUUGGACCCGGUGAAUUCGGUCGUAAAAAUCUUUUACCAUCAGCUGUAAAUAUUCCUGGUUAUCCAACACCACCACCAUAUUGGAUGAAUACAAACAUACCGAAUAAUUUGAACGAUCCAAGAAAUGUUGAUUCUUCUGGUACGAUACCAUUAUUCUAUGCAAAUGGAACUUUGGCAACACGAAUACCACCGAUGAAACCGGUGGAUAUGAUACCGUAUUUGAAAAAAGGAAAAACAAUUAUCCAAAAAGAUUCUAUUGGUCGAUCAUUCACUAUUCACACACCACAAGAUAUGAAUGCUGUCACAUUCAAUCGCAUACCGAAUGUUCAACCGGAUGAACCUGAAUUUCAAUCUAGUGCUCGAAUACAACAAUCGCCAAAAAUCGAACGUUUACGUUCAUUCGAUCAGAUGCCAGCUGCUGCAGUCGAUACUAUGAAUAUUAUGCCCGUAUAUAAUUGUGAUCAAUCCAUUACCAGGCCAGUGGAAUAUAUUCGUAGUCCAAAUUUUCCAAAUAAUUAUCCGGUCGUAACACGUUGUAUUUAUUCAAUACUUAAAUCCGAUACAAGUGUCUGUCAAAUUCGUUUACAUCUAUUGUCAUUAGAUUUAGAAUAUACAUCUGGAUGUCGUAAUGAUUAUCUUCAUAUUGAACCAACAGGUGAAAAACUUUGUGGUCGUUUUAGCCAGCCGGAAGUUCGUGUUAUAAAUUAUUAUGGCUAUUCACGUGAUAUUCGAUUGAUAUUCAAUUCGGAUCGUGAAAUUACAAGCACUGGUUUUGAAGUUCGCAUUGAACAGAUACCAAAUUCCUGUAAUGAACAACGACCAAAUGUUACUACAUUGAAUGCUAUGGUCAUUACACUUGGCAGACAAUUUCAACAGAAACAGCAACAACAACAACAACAAAAUCAACCAUCAACAUUGACUACAUUACCAUUAUUGUCAGCUGUUACAUCAUCACCAAUGUCGACACCAUCUUUGGAUCGAUUACGAACAAGUGAACCAGUUUUUGCAAGUUCAAUUGGAUCACAAGAUAUUUCACCACAAGCAUUGAUUAAUAUGAAUCAAACGACAAGUACUACAUUGACUCCUGGUAUGCUUUCAACAAAUAGUCGUGUAUGCAAAACAACAACAGCAAUAGAAACCUAUUUUGAAAGCGAUAAUUUUCCCCUUGAAUAUCCAAGUAAUUUGGAUUGUUCUUAUCGAAUAUUUCGUGCAAAUCGUAAUGUUUGCCGAUUAGAAAUUGAUUUUGAAGAAUUUAAUGUUGGCGAUGAAAAUUAUUACGGUCCUGAUGGUAAUCAACGAUCAUCGGUUCGUUUCGAUGAUGAUCUGAAUGAUGAUAUGACUCAACGACGAGAACUACAACGUAAUCGUCCUAUUGGUGAAUGUCUAAAUGAUUUCAUUGAAAUCGAUGGUAUCCGUUAUUGUGGACAACGAUCUGGUCAACAGGUGGCAAUAAAUUUUCCAAAAUUUUUAAAUGAAAUUCCCAUACGAUUUAUAUCGGUCAAUUCACCACAUGUAUCCAGUUUUAAUGGAUUCCGUUUGAAAGUACGACAAAUUGAUCAAAAUUGUCGUACAUUAUCAUCAUUAACGAGUCGUUCGAAUAAUAAUAAUGAUGUUGAAAUGGAAGAUGAAUUUGGUCCAGCCAUUGUUGAAUCAUGUCCAAAAUUAUCAACGAAAAAUUCAAGUUCAACAUUGCUACAAUCAUCAUCAUCGGCACCAAUGAUAAUGGUUAUUGGUUUAGAUGGUACAACUAAUUAUAUUGAUCCAUCAUCAACAAUCAAUGAAGAAUUAGUUAAAAUACAGAGUCCACAAUUUAGUCUACCAUCACAGUUACAAUAUGAACCAUUUUUGGAUUGCAAUUAUGUCAUACAAAAAGUGAAUAAAAAUAUCUGUGCAUUGGAGAUACGAUUCGAAUUAUUUUCAUUAGAACAAUCAUUUUCCUGUGAAAAAGAUUAUCUGCAAAUUAAUCGAUUAAAACUUUGUGGUAAAAUACCAAUGGAUACGACACGUGUAUUCGAAUUUCUUGAUGAUCAAAUGAUUAUAAAUUUUCAUACGGAUUCUGAUCAACAGGAAAAAGGUUUCGCAAUGAUACUCAAACAGAUUCGAUGUUGACCAUUCUGAAUUCUGGACCAACGAUAAUUCAAUCGAUCCAUCUUAUCAUUAUGAAAAACAAACAAAGAAAAAAAAAUCUAAACAAAUCACAGCCACUUUUUUUUCUAUCAUACACAGUCAUCAAUAAAUUUUGAUUAAUUUACAUAUAUGUGGUAUUAUUAUAUAAUUAAUAUUCUGGACAUGUAUAACGCCUGUGACGCACAUUUAUACAUAGUGAAAACAAAACAAAACAAAACAAAAACUCUUGAAUCCUUUUCCUAUAAACAUAAAUUCUGAACAUGAACAUUUUUCAAUCAUCAUGAUCUUGAACAUUAAAAUUUUUAUUAUUGUUA